UGUGUUUUAAGGAAAAAAGCCCACAGUCCAGUCCACUCAGACCCAGCCUGGGAGGAUUGUGAGCCGGCCUUUCGUAAUUGCCCCCCUCCCUGCGGCCCCCUCCCCCAGGCCUCCCCCUGCUCAGGCCCUCCUGCCCGCCCUCUCUCCCUCCCUUCUUCCCUCGCAGCCGAGGAGGCAGCAAUUACGCUUUGGGGAUAAAACGAGGCGCGGAGAGCAGGCUGGGCAUUUCUCCCUGAGAUGGCGGGUCCGACAGCUACAGCCCUGUGGCCUGGAGUCCUCCUGCUCCUGCUGUCCAUCAUCCACCCCUCGCAGCCUGGAGGGGUCCCAGGAGCUAUUCCUGGAGGACUUCCCGGAGGACUUCCCGGAGGACUUCCCGGAGGAGGCUUUUUUCCAGGGACUGGUCUCGGAGGCCUGGGAGUAGGAGGCCUGGGACCUGGAGGCAAACCGCCCAAGCCAGGGGCUGGACUCCUUGGGGGAUUUGGACCAGGUGCUGGAGGGAUCGCAGGAGUUGGCCCUGGGGCAGGGCUCGGCGCCUUUCCUGGGGGCGCCUUCCCGGGGGCUCUACCGCCUGGGGUUAGCGCUUCUGCAGCCUAUAAAGCUGCAGCCAAAGCUGGUGCUGGGCUUGGCGGUGCUGGUGGUGUUGGCGGGCUUGGUGUCGGCGGGCUUGGUGUCGGUGGACUUGGUGGUGUCGGUGGACUCGGUGGCUUAGGAGUGUCUACAGGUGCAGUGGUGCCGUCCGGAGUCGGGGUCGGAGCUGGAGUGAAGCCUGGGAAAGUGCCGGGUGUGGGUCUACCAGGUGUAUACCCAGGUGGAGUGCUCCCAGGCACAGGAGCUCGGUUCCCAGGUGUGGGGGUGCUCCCUGGGGUUCCCACUGGAACAGGAGUCAAGCCCAAGGCCCCAGGUGGAGGGGGAGCUUUUGCUGGAAUCCCAGGAGUUGGACCCUUUGGGGGUCAGCAGCCUGGAGUCCCACUGGGGUACCCGAUCAAGGCACCCAAGCUGCCAGGUGGCUACGGACUGCCCUACAGCACGGGGAAACUGCCCUAUGGGUAUGGGCCUGGAGGAGCGGCUGGCGCCGGGGCCAAGGCUGGGUACCCAACGGGGACAGGGGUUGGUCCCCAGGCUGCAGCAGCAGCAGCUAAAGCAGCAAAGUAUGGUGCUGGAGGAGCCGGAGUUCUCCCUGGUGUUGGUGUUGGAGGUGCCGGCAUUCCUGGUGGGGCUGGUGCAAUUCCUGGGAUUGGAGGCGUUGGAGGGGUCGGUGCUGCUGGGAAGGCGGCUGCAAAGGCAGCUAAAUUUGGAGCUGCUGGAGGCUUGGUACCUGGUGGCCCAGGAGUUGGAGUUCCUGGUGUUGGAGUCCCUGGUGUUGGGGUCCCAGGUGUUGGAAUCCCAGGUGUUGGAGGAGUCCCAGGUGUUGGGAUCCCAGGUGUUGGGGUCCCAGGUGUUGGAAUCCCAGGUGUUGGAGGAGUCCCAGGUGUUGGGAUCCCAGGUGUUGGAGUCCCAGGGGCUGUGUCACCAGCUGCAGCUGCUAAAGCAGCCGCCAAAGCAGCCAAAUAUGGGGCCAGAGCCGGAGUGGGAGUUGGAGGUGGGGUUGGUGCAGGGGGCUUUCCGGGUUACGGCGGUCUUGGAGCUGGAGUCGGUGGUCUUGGAGCUGGAGUCGGAGGUGUCCCUGGAGCUGGCAUUUCCCCUGCAGCCCAGGCAGCCGCCGCCGCCAAGGCAGCUAAGUAUGGUGCUGGAGGAGCAGGAGGCCUGGGCGGGCUGGUGCCAGGUGCCAGAGGCAUUGUACCAGGUGUGCCGGGCAUCGGAGGGGUGCCGGGCAUCGGAGGGGUGCCGGGCAUCGGAGGGGUGCCAGGAGCUGGAACCCCAGCAGCUGCAGCCGCCAAAGCAGCCGCCAAAGCUGCUCAAUAUGGGUUAGGCCCUGGCGCUGGCGUUGGCGGGGUUCCCGGCCUUGGCGUUUUCCCCGGUGCUGGCGGGGUUCCUGGUCUUGGCAUUGGCCCCGGCGGCGUUACAGGAGCAGGGACCCCGGGUGCCGCCAAAUCUGCUGCUCAGUUGGCCGCCAAAGCCCAGCUCCGGGCUGCCGCUGGCCUUCCUGCUGGCGUGCCCGGAUUUGGAGCUGGUGCUGGCGUUCCUGGAUUUGGAGCUGGUGCUGGUGUUCCUGGAUUUGGGGCUGGUGCUGGUGUUCCUGGCUUUGGGGCAGGUGCGGGUGCAGUACCUGGAUCCUUGGCUGCUGCUAAAGCAGCCAAAUAUGGAGCAGGAGGGCCUGGGGGCCUUGGCGGGGUUGGAGGUCUUGGUGGUCUUGGUGGAGCAGGUGUCCCAGGUGGUGUGGCAGGAGCCGGACCUGCUGCCUUGGCUGCUGCUGCCAAGGCUGCUGCCAAAGCUGGCCAAUAUGGCCUUGGGGCUGGAGGGCUCGGAGCUGGCGGGCUCGGAGCUGGAGGACUGGGACUUGGAGGUGUCCCAGGGGCUGGGGGCUUUGGAGGUGUGUCCCCAGCUGCAGCUGCUAAAGCAGCCAAAUAUGGUGCCGCUGGCCUUGGAGGCGUCCUAGGAGCUGCCAGGCCAUUCCCAGGUGGAGGAGUUGGAAGACCUGGCUUCGGAUUGUCUCCUAUUUUCCCAGGUGGCGGAGCCGGAGUCGGGGCUGGGGGCCUGGGAGUUGGUGGCAAACCUCCCAAGCCCUAUGGAGGUGCCCUGGGAGCUCUAGGGUACCAAGGUGGAGCCUGCCUGGGGAAAUCCUGUGGCCGGAAGAGAAAGUGAGCUUCCCAGGACCCCUGACUCACGACCUCAUCAACGUUGGUGCUACUGCUUGGUGGAGAAUGUAAACCCUUUGUGACCCUCCCCUCUACGCCCCCUCCUACGUCCCCACCUCUGGAGGGGACAGGGCUGGCCGGGCGGACUUGGAAAUCCACAGGACAAGGAAACAAGAGAACGGUGGCCAAGCGGGCCCUGGGAAGCCCCUACUUCAGAGGCGAGGGGUGGGUGGGCUUGGCCCCCUGCCCCCUCUCCCUUCCCACCCAGGAGCUCCCCCUCCAUACACUCUCCAUCUCCAGGGGAACUCGGUGCUAAGUGCUGGUGCUUUCAUCUUCCCAGGGGAGGGAGGAGGGAAGGGCAGCCCCUCUGGAAGCCCCCUCCCUGGGGCUCCUCUGAAAAUGGUGCAGACACUUCCUGGGCAGUCCCACCUCCCCCUGCCCACCAGGACCCACCCCUGGCUGCGGUCCAGUUGGUACCCAAGCAUCACAAACCUCAAGCUGGAUUCGGUCACACCAUCUCUUGGCCCCGUCGGCCCCCUUUUCCUCCACCAAUCACUGUUCCCCAUUUCUGGGGCACCUCAGAUCAGAAGAACCCCAAUGGGAAUAGCCCUCUUUCUCUUGUGGAAUUCAUCCGCCCAUCUGUCCAUCCAUCCAUCCAUCCAUCCAUCCUUGCCCCCAGUUGUCCGCCUGGCACCACUAGCUGGCUGGGCACCCCAACCACCAACCUGGUUAACCUGUCAUGGCAGCAUGUGCCCUGCCUUUGCCCCACCACACACACCCCUACAAAGGGGCCCAGGGUGUGAGGGGCGGUGCCAGCUGGGGCGGCAGGAAUCUCCUCCCUAACCUGGGUCCCCCCACGCAGUACUGUAUCCCCCAUCCCUCCCUCGAGCCACUGUACUUCACAGCAUCUCCCACCCCUGCCCCGCCCAUCUCUUUGUGUCUCGCUGUGAUAGAUCAAUAAAUAUUUUAUUUUUUGUCCUGGA